CCCACUCAAGUCGGCGCCAAAGUUUUCUGUGCAUCAUGUCGGGGCGCGGGAAGCAGGGCGGCAAGGCGCGCGCCAAGGCCAAGACGCGCUCGUCGCGGGCCGGCCUCCAGUUCCCGGUGGGGCGCGUGCACCGCCUGCUGCGCAAGGGCAACUACGCCGAGCGCGUGGGGGCCGGCGCGCCCGUGUACCUGGCGGCCGUGCUGGAGUACCUGACGGCCGAGAUCCUGGAGCUGGCGGGCAACGCGGCCCGCGACAACAAGAAGACGCGCAUCAUCCCGCGCCACCUGCAGCUGGCCAUCCGCAACGACGAGGAGCUCAACAAGUUGCUGGGCAAGGUGACCAUCGCGCAGGGCGGCGUCCUGCCCAACAUCCAGGCCGUGCUGCUGCCCAAGAAGACCGAGACCCACCACAAGGCCAAGUAAGCAGCAAGUAUGGUAAACGAGUAAACAAAAGGCUCUUUUCAGAGCCACUUUUAUAAUCACUGAGAAGAUAGCACGAAUUUUGCAUUUCUAGAAUCUAGUCCCUUUUUCUUAUUAAACUUCUGACACAACACUGUUUAUAUUCCUAGUGAGACCUCAUUUUUGCUGCCUCUAAUUCCAGAUCUGUCCUUUAGGAGGCUUUGCAAACAAGAGAAGUUCCCAUGUUAUAUUUGUUCCACUUAGGUCGUAGUGUCAAGGUCAUGCUGAACCCAGAAAACAGUUUGA